UCACGGUUCGAAGGAAUGAGGGUAGUGGUGAACGCUCUCUUGGGAGCAAUUCCAUCUAUCAUGAACGUGCUUCUUGUAUGCCUUAUAUUCUGGCUAAUCUUUAGCAUUAUGGGAGUGAAUCUCUUUGCUGGCAAGUUCUACCACUGUGUUAAUACCACAACUGGGGAAAUGUUCAGCAUUGAUGAAGUUGACAAUCAGACUGAGUGUGAGAAUCUCAUUGAAAAAAAUGAAACAGCCAGAUGGAAAAAUGUGAAAGUCAACUUCGAUAAUGUGGGACUUGGCUACCUCUCUCUGCUUCAAGUAGCCACCUUCAAAGGCUGGAUGGACAUCAUGUAUGCAGCUGUAGAUUCACGAAAUGUGGAAAAACAGCCACAUUAUGAGGAUAACCUUUAUAUGUAUCUUUAUUUUGUCAUCUUUAUUAUUUUUGGAUCCUUCUUCACUUUGAAUUUAUUUAUUGGUGUCAUUAUAGAUAACUUCAAUCAGCAAAAAAAGAAGUUUGGAGGUCAAGACAUCUUUAUGACAGAAGAGCAGAAAAAAUACUAUAAUGCAAUGAAAAAACUGGGCUCCAAGAAACCACAAAAACCUAUACCCAGGCCAGCAAACAAAUUCCAAGGCAUGGUCUUUGAUUUUGUAACAAAACAAGCCUUUGACAUCAGCAUCAUGAUUCUUAUCUGCCUUAACAUGGUUACCAUGAUGGUAGAAACUGAUGACCAAACUGAUGCCAUGGAAACUAAUUUGUAUCGAAUUAAUUUGAUCUUCAUAGUCCUUUUUACUGGAGAAUGUGUCUUGAAACUGAUUUCGCUCCGCUAUUAUUAUUUUACAAUAGGCUGGAAUAUUUUUGAUUUUGUGGUUGUCAUCUUAUCUAUUGUAGGUAUGUUCCUCGCAGAGAUUAUUGAGAAAUACUUUGUGUCCCCCACUUUGUUCCGAGUAAUUCGACUUGCCAGGAUAGGUCGAAUCCUGCGUCUGAUCAAGGGCGCAAAAGGGAUCCGCACUCUGCUUUUUGCCUUGAUGAUGUCUCUCCCUGCCUUGUUCAACAUUGGUCUCCUCCUUUUCCUGGUCAUGUUCAUCUAUGCUAUAUUUGGAAUGUCCAACUUUGCCUACGUGAAGAGAGAAGUUGGCAUUGAUGACUUGUUCAACUUUGAAACUUUUGGCAACAGCAUGCUCUGCCUCUUUCAGAUCACCACCUCUGCUGGCUGGGAUGGCCUGCUAGCACCCAUCCUGAACAGCGGGCCUCCAGACUGCGACCCAGAGAUAGACCACCCGGGUAGCUCAGUCAAGGGAGACUGUGGCAAUCCUUCGGUGGGGAUUUUCUUCUUCGUCAGCUACAUUAUCAUCUCAUUUUUAGUUGUAGUGAACAUGUACAUUGCUGUCAUUUUGGAGAACUUCAGCGUCGCUACCGAAGAAAGUGCUGAGCCUUUGAGCGAGGAUGAUUUUGAGAUGUUCUAUGAGGUCUGGGAAAAGUUUGAUCCAGAUGCAACCCAAUUCAUAGAAUUUGCCAAACUCUCUGAUUUUGCAGCCUCUUUGGAUCCUCCUCUUCUAAUACCAAAACCAAACAAAGUUCAGCUUAUUGCGAUGGACCUGCCCAUGGUGAAUGGUGAUAGAAUUCACUGCCUUGACAUCUUGUUUGCUUUCACCAAACGUGUCUUGGGUGAAAGUGAUGAAAUGGACGCCCUCCGCAUUCAAAUGGAGGACCGGUUUAUGGCCGCCAACCCUUCAAAAGCCUCCUAUGAACCAAUCACCACCACAUUGAAACGAAAACAAGAGGAAGUAUCUGCUGUUAUUAUUCAGCGGGCCUUUAGGCGCUACCUCUUAAGGCAAAAAGUUAAAAAGUUUUCCCGCAUGUUUAAUAAAGAUAGAAUUAAAGAAGGCAACGAUACAGUUAUCAAAGAAGAUAUGAUCAUUGAUAAGCUAAAUGAGAAUUCUACUCCUGAAAAAAACGAUAUGACUCCCUCCACCACCUCUCCACCUUCCUAUGAUAGCGUUACAAAGCCCGACAAAGAUAAAUAUGAGAAAGACAAAUCAGAAAAAGAAGAUAGAGGUAAAGAUGUCAGGGACUAUAAAAAAUGA